AUGGCGGCGGUCAAUCGGACUCUAGAUGUGGACGAGCUGCAGAUACUCGUCUACUACGACGACGAUGCUGCUGGGCUGCGCUACCACCACCGUGUCUUGUUCACAAAGGUGGCCGCAGGUCGGUGGAUCAUAGGGACUCCAGACGGUGAUGUCUAUGAGGAGGACUUCAAUGGGGCUGAGGUGCGGCCGCUAGCUCGGAACGGGGCCUUCCCGGUCGACCUGGCGGGCAUGAUGUACGUGUUUCGAGGGCCGCAGCGAGCCCCUGCUCGGAUCGCCACCAUGCGUUUGCAGGCGCGUGGGAUCGCCGAGGUGCUGGGCGUGGCCCCUGCACCAGGUGCGGGCGGCGUGGCAGGCUCCAGCUGGCGCGUGGCGGAUCCGUCGUCGGCUGAGUUUGAUCAGGUCAUCACUGCUGCCGAGCUCGCCGACUCAACAGAUGAUCGUGACGAUGGUGUCAAAGUUCAGCGGUUGGCUCUCAUCAAUGGCGUCGCCCAGCUGGUCGAGCUAGUAAAGGACUCAGACCACGACGCAUGGUUCGCUCGGAAGCGGCCUGGGCUGCCAGGUGGUGCUUCGGGCGACCUGCGACUGCUCGGCCAUUUCUUGAACUCUGCGCAGAGGCGAGCACUGCCGCUGUCGAAGGCGAUGGAGCUUGAGUUUCUCGAGUCCGUCCUCGAGAACGGCGGUGACCUGCAGGUGUGGCUCAACGCGUUCAUGCGCAAGUCUGGGGUCAGCGAGAACUCGUCGGUGGCGCAUGAGCUUCGGAACCUGGUCCAGAUCGUGAGGCUCGGGAUCAGCUACGACCAGAUCGAUCCGACCAACCUGGCUUGCAUCGAGCAGGCCGCGCGCAGGAUUCACGAGAUCCAGCAGGCCAUCCGUCGGAACCCGAAGCACCCAGACUUCGCAGGCCUGGACAUCGGCACCAUCGGGUCUUGCGACGAGAUCGGCGGGGCCCGCUUGCGCAGUUUCGACUCCUGGCUCAGCAGCAAGCAGAAGGAGGAGGCCAAGACGAUGGAGGCCCAACGGAAGUGGCGCGAGGAGCUGGCCGCCGAGCGUCGACGUUCGGACAAUCGCGAUGGGCCUCCCAAUCCCAAGGCCAAGGCGAAGGCAAAGGCUAAUGACCUGUACUGCGCUGGCGAGAAGAACCUCGCCCCGCAUCAGCCCGAUCUUUUGAAGAUCGUGAAGGGCAAGGCGGUGCCAAAGCCCGCCGUCGACCUGCUGCCGCCUGAGGAGGCGGCGUUCUUGAUUGAUCCUGAUAGGUACCUCGUCCGCUCGCAACCCGAGAUCGAUGCCUGGAAUGAGGAGCACCCGACCUUCAGGCCCUACUGGGGCCCCCACUUGCGACAAGAUCGGUCUGCGCGGCUCGACCUCUAUCGUAAGCUCUAUGACAAGGGACUAUUGGGGUUCAGAAGUCGUAUCAAGGCGAAGGUGGGGAUAUUCUUUGUGUGGAAGUCGUCUCGCCGUGGGAUCAGGCUUAUCGUGGACGCCAGGAUGCCGAACGGCCACCACCGCUUGCUGCCGAAGACUAGACCAGGCGGAGCUGGCGCCCUCUCGCAGCUCGACGGCUGGCUUGACCAGGAUGAGCUCGCUAGCUUGGCGCAGGGGUGUGGCCCGAUCGCCGAGAUCCCGAACCUCUCCGUCUGCGUAGGUGGCGUGGAGGACGCCUUCUACCAGUUUUCCGUCGAGUCGAUGGCUGAGUGGUUCGGCCUAGACGACCCCGUCCGGUGCUCCGAGUUCGGCCUCUCGCAGAUCUUCGACAACGAUCUCGAGAGGCUUCGCCCCGCCCGGCCCACGGAGAAAGUGUUUCCUGUCUUUCUUGGGAUGCCGCAAGGCUGGUCCUGGGCCCUGCACUUCUGCACCACCUCGGUGAAGCCAGUCACCUCCGUGGCGAUCGGGGGGAAGCACCGGUUAGUGCAAGAGGGGCUCCCUGCUCCUGGUCUUCGAUCUGGUCCCGUCUCGAGUGUCUAUGUGGAUAACCUUGCCACGGUGGGCCUCUCGAGCUCCGAGGUCUCGUCAGACUACGCGGCGAUCAGGAUGGAGCUUGAGAGUGUGGGGUUCACGUUGCACGAGGAGGGCGGGGACGCAUUGCUUGUCGAGAAUGUGGGCAUAGUGAUAGACAAGAGCAGGUGCAGCAUUCGUCACAAGUCUGAGAGGGCUUGGCGGUUGUAUCUUAAAAUUAAGUAUAUUUUGAAGUUGCGUCGGGUGACUGGAGAGGCAGUUCGAGUUCUGCUGGGUCAUUGCAUCCACUACCUUGUCCUCCUGAGGCCGGCGAUGUCUGUCUUUGCUCACGCCUGUCGGUUUGUGAACGACAGCCUCGGACGUACAUGUGAGCUACCUGGUCAGGUGAAGCGUGAGUUCCGCCUGAUGGCGGGGCUCGUUUUCUUGGCCGAGGCACGGCUGUCUGUUCCGCCAUCGGAUCGAGCCUACUGUGGAGACGCGUCAGGGAAGGGAUACGCCGUCAUGGACACCCCCAUGGGCCCCGAGGAGUUCCGAAAGCUUACAAGGUGGAAGGAGCGUUGGCGGUUCGUGGAAGUGGAGGGGGAUCGCGGGGACACCUUGAGGGCCUCUGGGAGCCUGCCGCCCCCGAACCCUGGCUGGUCUGCUGAUCUCGAGGUGCCUGACACGUCAUAUUCGCGGUGGCUUCUGGAGUCUGCUGGGAUACCCACCCCGUCUUCGGGCGUUCUGGAGUCGGGGGGUUUUCGUUCGGGAGUCUGUAAACUACGAGGUAAGGAGCGUAGACAGCUAGAGCAGAAGGAGAUAGUUGGCAUGGUCCCGAUCCUCCCCGAGAACGUUGUCGAGCCUGGUCGUUGGCGUACUUUAUUCGAGGGGAGGUGGAAGAGGGACGAGGCCAUCCGUAUGAAGGAGGGGAGGGUGAUUCUGAUGGCGCUCCGCAGAGAGUCGUACACUCGUUCAGGUCAUGGACGUCGACUCCUAGUGCUGUCUGAUAAUCUCUCGUCACUGUGCUGUCUCGAGAAGGGCCGAGCUAAAGACUUCGGCCUGCUUGCCUUGGCCCGCAGGUGCGCCGCCUACUCGAUUGGAUGUGGCAUCGACCUGAGGAGAUUCACUGGGUCUGAAAAUGAGCACCUCUCGGCCUGCAUCGUCCCGUCAGCCAGGCAGGGAGCCUUCCUGGAGCUCUACUCCGGCUGUGGGGCUCUGACUUCUGGGAUGGCCGAGGUGGGCCUCAGGGUGUCCGUGCCGUUCGAUAUCGCCGAGGGUCCGGAGUUCAAUCUCGAGAAGCGGGGGGUCCAGGACGUCGUGGUCAGGUGGCUCACCGAGGGCCGCAUCUGGCCCGGCUGUCGGAUGCCUGGCAAGAGGAGCUGCGUCAAGACGCUGGGGCCGGUCUCCAACGGCCGCGGCUCGCGCCUGGGGCACGGGCCCGACUUGCCGCUGCGCGUGCUCAACGUCUCGGAGCGGAAGGCCUACACGGAGGCUAACAACAAGUUCGUCGCCUUCGCCCGCCGCAGUGGGCUGCCGUUGGACACCGCUGAUCACGUUGACGAGGCGCUGGAGAGGUUCAUGGAGCUGCUGUUCUUGAGUGGAGUGCCGCAGUCAGUAGCCCGCUCCGCCCUGUAUGGCUUCGCGUGGUGCCAUCCUGAGAUGCCUCAUAAAGAUCGGAGGCUCUACAUCAGGAGCCGUGCCGCGCUCGCUGGAUGGCGGAACCUUGAGCCGGGCGGGACGCGCGAUCCAGCCCCUCUCGAGAUCGCGCGGUGGAUCGCUGACGACAUGCUCCAGCGAGGUCUGGCGCUUGCCGCUUUUUUAGUCGUCCUGUGCUUCGACUGUUAUCUGCGGCCUGGCGUAGGAUGCACACUGCGCCGCUCUAGCGUCAUGCCACCGGCUGCUGCAGUUCACGAGUGUUAUGAUCGUUGGUGCUUCCGACUGUCCCCAGCCGAAUCAGGCCAACCCUCGAAGACCGGCGCCUACGAUGACAGCAUCGUGGUCGGCGAGGUCGCUGGACGGGAGUGGAUCGCUCGAGCUCUUGCGAUCAUUUUCCCUCGCAUCCAGUGUGAUCAUUUCAUCUUCCCCUUCGGGCUUCGAGAGUUCGAGAAAUGUUUCAAGGAUUCGGUUGUGCGGCUCGGCAUUUCGCACCUCCGUCUGUCACCCCACUGCUUGCGCCACGGUGGUCCGUCGACGGGCGCAUACACCAAAGCUUACACCCUAGAGGAGGUGCGUCGCCGAGGAAAAUGGGCCGACCAUCGCAGUGUGUCUAGAUACGAGAAACACGCCCGCCUGCACGCUGUGUUUCAGAAGUUGCAGCCAGGCGAUCAGCGCCUCGCCUCGGCCGCCGCUGCCACUCUGUCCA